CGAGCUUCAGGAGGAAGAACAGAAGGCGAUGAAGUUUGCCUUAUCUCUGACGGCGGCGGCGCUGGCGUACCUGGCGGUGGCCAACCCCGUCCCUGAUGCGGGGGGAGUUGUGUGCUGCGGUGGAGGCGGCGGAGGUGGAAGAGGAAGAGGAAGAGGAGGUGGAGGCUUCCGAGGCGGAGGCUUCCGAGGUGGAAGGGGCGGCGGAGGCCUUGCUGUUAACCUAGGAGGAAGACUUUCCAUUAAGGGAGGAGGUGGAUUCGGUGGAGGGCAGGGAGGGUUCGGAGGAGGAAGUGGGGGUUCGGAGGUGGAGGUCAUGGAGGUUUCGGAGGAGGAAGUGGAGGAUUCGGAGGAGGAAGUGGAGGAUUCGGAGGAGGAGGUCAUGGAGGUUUCGGAGGAGGAGGAAGUGGAGGCUUCAGCAGCAGCAACAGCGGGGCCUUCGGAAGCGGCGGCUCGGGCUUCAGCAGCGGCAACAGUGGCUUCACGAGUGGAGGCGGAGGUGGACACGGAGGCAAGGGAAGUGGAGGAGUUUGCUGCAUCAGCGCCGGCGCUCCUGGUGGCGCUGGCGUGCCUGGCGACGGCGUUUCCCGAGGCGCGUCCGGGAGGCUUCUGCUGCGGGGGCAGCCGCGGAGGCAGUGGCCGCGGCUUCAGCAGAGGUUUCGGAGGCGGACGAGGCCUCAACUUCAGGCUGGGCGGAAAGUUCUCGAUCAAAGGAUUCGGAGGAGGCGGCUCAGGAUACGGCGGAGGUGGAGGAAGAAGUGGAGGCUUCGGAGGCGGUGGAAGUGGAGGUUUUGGAGGCGGAGGCGGUGGUCUCGGAGGAAACAGCUUGGGUGGAGGUUACGGCUCGAGCUUCAGCAGCAGCGGCAGCAGCGUCCUCGGCAGCGGGUCGAGCUUCAGCAGCAGCAGCAGCGGAGCCUUCGGAACAGGGUCAGGCUUCAGCAGCAGUAGCAGUGGCUUCAAUACUGGAGGAGGAGGAGGAGGAGGCUUCGGCGGUGGCGGAUUAGGUGGAUCAGGAGGAGGCGGAGGAGGAGGAUCUGGCGGUGGAGGCGUCUGUUGUAUUUCCAAGAAGUGGUGA